AUGGCUGCUGCGGCUGCGGCUGUUGUCGCAGACUCGGCGGUGCAGCCGGCCAAGCUGCACGGCCGCGCAUUCUACGAGAGCAUCGGGAAGCCCAAAUACAUCGUGGCCCCGAUGGUCGACCAGUCCGAGUUCGCCUGGAGAAUGCUGUCACGAUCCUUCCUCCCCGAGUCCGAGCGACCCAGCAUCCUUGCCUACUCGCCCAUGCUCCACGCCCGCCUCUUCGCCGACGGACAAAAGUACCGUGACUCCCACUUCCAGCCCACACGAUCCUCCUGGUCCCAGAUCACCGCCAGGCCACAGGCAGGCGCCGCUGCCGGGGGCGGGGGCGGGGGCGGGGGCGGCGAGCCCGACGACAAGCCGUACCUCGACGGCAACCCGGCCUUCGACCGGCCCCUCUUUGUGCAGUUUUGCGCAAACGACCCAGAAGCCCUCCUCGCCGCCGCCAGGGUCGUCGCGCCGCACUGCGACGCCGUGGACCUGAACCUCGGCUGCCCGCAGGGCAUCGCCCGCAAGGGCCACUACGGCGCCUUCCUGCAGGAGGACCAGGAGCUCAUCCACACCAUGAUCAAGACGCUGCACGAGAACCUCCCCGUGCCCGUGACCGCCAAGAUACGCAUCCUCGAGACCAAGGAGGCGACGCUGGCCUACGCCCGCAACGUCCUGAGCGCCGGCGCCAGCAUCCUGACCGUCCACGGCCGCAGGAGGGAGCAGAAGGGCCACAUGACGGGCGUCGCCGACUGGGAGUACAUCAGGCACCUCCGGGACAACCUGCCCCCCGAGACCGUCAUCUUUGCCAACGGCAACGUCCUGCAGCACGGCGACCUGCAGCGCUGCCUGGAUGCCACCGGCGCCGACGGCGUCAUGGCUGCGGAGGGGAACCUGAGCGACCCCGCCCUGUUCGCAACCCCGCCGCCCCCGGGCAAAGAGACCAGGGAGUACUGGCGCGGCAAGGACGGGCGGGGCGGAUUCCGCGUCGACGCUAUCAUGCGCCGUUACCUCGACAUCAUGCACAGGUACGUCCUGGAGCAGGACCCACCCGCGAGGCGGCCGCUGUUCGUGCCCGGGGAUGACGAGUCCUGGCUCCGGAAGCCCGAGGUGGACGAGGAGAACGGCUCAGAAGCGCAGGAACCGGCGCGCAAGAAGCGGAAGAAGGAUGGCAGUGGCGGUGCCGGCGUCAAGGUUACGUCCAUCACGGCCGGCCCCAACUUUGUCGGCAUGCAGCCGCACCUCUUCCACAUGCUUCGGCACUUUGUCACGAGGCAUCACGACGUGCGGGACGCUCUCGCGAAGUCGAGGCUGGGUGACAUUGCGGUAUACGAGAACAUCCUGGCCAUGGUCGAGAAGAAGGUCGCCGAGGGUCUGCUCGAGUACGAGCGCACGGGUGGGAAGAACGUCGAGGACGACGGGCGAAAUGGUGCCUACGAGAAGGGGUCACGGCCUGACAAUGCCCGCACCGCCGAGGACGCGGCGCCGGCGCCGGUGGAAGACCCCGUCAAGGACGAGGCUGAGGGGACCAUCGUGGACGACCCGCUCAGCUCUGUCGCCACCGUGAAAAGGUGCAAGCGGCCGUGGUGGGUCGCUCAGCCCAUCGUGAGGCCGCUCCCGGCUGAGGCGCUGGCAAAGGGUGCGAUUUCACUUGGCAAGAAGGAGAAGAAGAAGGCCGGCGCGGAGGAGCGCCCUGCUGCCGCGCCCCAGAACGGCGAGGAUGGCGCCGUCGGCCAGGCGGUAGACGCCCUGGAGAAGAAGACGGACUUCCCCGAGAACACAUUGGUUUCUGGAUAA